AUGGAAGUGAUCACGAACAUGGUGGGUGAGAGACCGGUGGUUAUAUUCAGCAAGAGCAGCUGCUGCUUGAGCCACUCCAUCAAGUCACUGAUAAGUGGCUUCGGGGCAAACCCGACAGUGUACGAGGUUGAUGAAAUGGCUAACGGUCAGCAGAUUGAGAGGGCAUUGAUUCAAAUGGGAUGCCAACCAAGUGUUCCAGCUGUUUUCAUAGGUCAGCAAUUCGUUGGUGGUGCUAAUCAGAUCAUGAGCCUCCAUCUCCGCAAUGAGCUUGCCCCUCUCCUCAUGAACGCCAAAGCUAUUUGGAUUUGGAAAAGAAAGUAA